AUGUAUAUCGAUAUGGACCAAGAACCAUUGUUUAAUCAAGAGCGCACACAAGAGUUAGAGGAUCAAAAGCACAUACCAAUCACAUUUGCAACAACUAAACCUAUCAAGAUUCAGAGAUUCAAAACCAACCUAUCAAAGGUAAAAACAAGGAAACAACAACCUACAUCAGUUCCCAAUACAGUACAACCUUUGAGCCACCCUUUGGGUGAUACCCCACAUGACACAUCUCCUGAUGACGAUGAUGUUUGCUCAGACGAAGAGUAUGAUUCAAUAGAUGAUGUUUCAUAUUCCUCAUGCUCAACCUCAUCAGACCAAUUCAAGGAACCACAAUUUUCACAAAGCUACUGGUUUAAUUCGUCAAAUCGCAACGAUUCAUACCUUGGUAACAGUGUAGCCAGCAGCAAGUCGGGACUUUCCUUAUUUUCGUUAAACAAUUCUACAUUUCUACCCUCAUCCUUGAUAAGUACACCAUCAACAACUACAACUUUGCUAACCACCACCACAUCAUCAGCUACUUCCAGCUCUAGCAUAAGGGAGACUGAUGUAAAGAUGACUACACCAUAUUUAACACCAUCAUCAACCCCACUUUCAACUUUUGUCUCCUUUGAAACGACAAAUGAGCAACCUGAUGUAACUUCCACCCACAAUCUUCGCAGAACAACAUCAGCUAAAUGUUUGAGUAAAGUGCUUGACAAAUACCAACCAAAGAAAUCACUAUAUUCCAAUCUUACCAUUUCAUUGAGGGCGUUAAAGGAUAGGCUUGUAACAAAAGCUGUGGGUGACGGUGAUGUCAGAACACCACCAGUGAUAAGCGAGGAAAUAUGUCAGAUCCCAGUACUAUCAGAGGAGCUUCCCUCACAAGAGUUGAUUACUUUUUUUGAAGCAAAGCAUGACCACGACACCACUCAAGAGCAAUUCAAGUCGUCUUUCAAGAAUAGAGACCACCGUAUCAAUUCUCAAUUCCUUAGAUUAUAUGCAUACGAUUACAAUGCUCGCACAAACUCAAAAACACUUCCAAACUCUCUUUCUCAAGAGGAAUUGAUCAACAUUAUAUUGGAAAACCCACAUUUGAAACAAUUCCACAGAAGACACAAUAUAUAUCACAUUUCCAACUUGUCAAGAGAGAAGUUAUGGAACUCAGUAGUACUCAAACCAAGACAGGAUAACUCACCACAGCAAAGUGUCGAUUACGAAGAUUACAUUUGUGUAGACGAUGGCGCAGCUAUUACUCAUGCAUCACUCACGAGAAAACAUAGCAAAUACUUGCCAUGGGAUUUAAAACCUAGUAUCAAACCUGCAGGAGUAUUGCCUGGUGGUAAGUGUGAGUUGAAUGGUCUAGCUCCUAACCUGGGAGUUUCUAAAACUCAGUAUACAGUGAAAGGUUGGUGUAAUAGCAGAUGGGUUGCUAAAACUUGGUAA